GUGAAGAUCUCGCGAGACCGCGAAUCGACGUCCCCUGCGUUUCACCCGGUGACGUACUGUGUUUGUAGCACUUGCCGUAGCGUUAACCUAUCGGCUUGAUCAUAGGAGCUACAAAUGGAUACAGAAUAUGAGCAAACCUCUACAUAAAAAGGUUCAAAGUGACCGGGCUAACCUUAACGGUUGUCUGUGACUCCGUGCAGCAAGUUUCUGCUUCUCCGUUCCGACCCCGCUACAGCGAGGAUGUUCCACAGCCUGGCCCUCAGACCAUGGCACGUCGUCUGCAGGGUCUACUUCCAGCACAGGGCGUCCCUGUCACAGCGGUCUCCGCACAUGCCCCACUCAUGCUCCGGCUGGCAAAGAGGAAGCAUCCAUGGGUUGUGGUUCACUCUACCAGACUGCAGAGCUGGUUCAAUAGGGUUGGGCAAGGUGCAGUACUACUCUACCUCAGGCAGCAGUAAAGAUGGUCCUCCAAAAGCACCGUCAAGUGAUGCUCCUACAGCUGAGAAGGUCUUGUCUGGUGCUGCAAAAGCAUCUUCAGCUUUUUCAGGUUCAUCAUCUCAAGGUUUGACAAAAGUUGAGGCAAUUCAAGUAAAAGUUCGAGCAGUUCUGAAAAAAAGGGAAUAUGGGUCCAGGUACACUCAGAACAACUUCAUCACCGCUGUCAGGGCCAUGAAUGAGUUCUGUCUGAAACCAAGUGAUCUGGAACAACUUCGCAAGAUAAGAAGACGCAGUCCCCAUGAUGACACGGAGGCCUUCACUGUGUUCCUGAGAUCAGACGUUGAGGCCAAAGCAAUAGAUGUAUGGGGAAGCCAUGAAGCUCUAGCCCGGGAGAGAAACGUCAGGAAAGAGGUGGAGAGGGAGUACCAAGAAAAUAUUUUCCGAAAUCAGCAGUUGUUGAAAGAAUACAAAGACUUUUGGGGCAACACUAAGCCUCGAUCAUCAGGCAAGAGGACAACAUUUCUUCAAGGACCGGGGAAGGUGGUGAUGGUUGCUAUUUGUAUCAAUGGCCUGAAUUUCUUCUUCAAGCUUCUGGCUUGGGUCUACACCGGAUCAGCCAGCAUGUUCUCAGAGGCCAUCCACUCCCUGGCCGACACCUGUAACCAGGCUCUGCUCGCCCUGGGAAUCAGCCAGUCUGUCCGCAACCCAGACGCAGUGCACCCGUAUGGAUUCUCUAACAUGCGCUACAUAGCCUCUCUCAUCAGUGGGGUGGGCAUUUUUAUGAUGGGAGCUGGCCUCUCCUGGUACCAUGGCGUCAUGGGAUUGCUGCACCCAGAACCCAUUGAAUCCUUGUUGUGGGCCUACUGUAUUUUGGCGGGUUCUCUGGUGUCUGAAGGAGCAACAUUACUAGUAGCCAUCAAUGAGAUAAAGAAGAGCGCAAAAAAGGAAGGACUGACUUUUUAUGAAUAUGUUAUGCAGAGUCGGGAUCCCAGUACUAACGUGGUGCUGCUGGAGGAUGCUGCUGCUGUGUUAGGAGUCAUCAUGGCUGCUGGCUGCAUGGGCCUCACCUCGCUCACAGGAAACCCCUACUAUGACAGUUUGGGUUCUCUUAGUGUGGGGACGUUGCUGGGCGCCGUCUCUGCCUUCCUCAUCUACACAAACACAGAGGCUCUGUUAGGACGAUCUAUACAGCCUGAACGUGUACAGAAGCUGACGGAGUUCCUGGAGAGCGACCCGGCUGUAAGGGCCAUCCAUGACGUGAAGGCCACGGAUAUGGGACUGAGCAAAGUUCGCUUUAAGGCUGAAGUUGACUUCGACGGCCGAGUCGUGACGCGGUCAUACCUGGAAAAACAAGACAUUGACCAAAUCCUACAUGAGAUUCAGCAGGUGAAAACCCCAGAGGAGCUGGAGAACUUUAUGCUGAAACACGGGGAGAACAUUAUUGACACACUUGGAGCUGAGGUGGAUCGCCUGGAGAAAGAACUCAAGCAACGCAACCCAGAGGUUCGUCACGUAGACCUGGAGAUACUAUAAUAUUGGGCCUCUGCUUUGGAGACCUGCUGAAAGAACCCUCAGAAAGAAAUAGGAAAGGGUGGAAGGAGUCCACCUGCACAGCCUGCCUCCUAUUCAGGCCACCCAACAACAGAACUCUGUGGUCAAAUCUUACUAUAGAGUAGAGGGAUGAAGCCUGGGCAAAUAUUGAGCUUUCAUCGUUGAACUUGAACUUUAGUUAGUGAUACUGAGAUGCACUUCUAUGUGUUUCUGGCUGAAGACGACAGACUACGACUAGUCUUAAGUUUUAAAAGAAACCUAAAUCUGUGUUGCUUUUCACAGAUUGGACAGUUUAGCUUUCUGUCUGUUUGCUUUAACACAGUUUCCUGCAUGAAUGUGUCUGGAUCUGCGUGAGACCAGAUGUUUUAAGAAAAAAAAAUAAAACCACAAGCAGGACCAGUGUCAUUUUCUAGAUUUUACUUUGACGUCAAGCUUGAACCACAACCGUAGUGUGACUAGUAUGAACAAAACCUGAGAGCUACACAUUGAAACCACAUUUAUUUCAUAGCUAGACACAUAGACAUUUUUUUUCUUUUAAUUAAAAUUGAGGAGCUGCAGAUGGCAUGAAGCCAGUUGUGACUUAUUUUGGUGUUAUAUGCAAACUGAAACUGAAAUGUGUAACUAAGGCCAUUGAUUUUUAUUCUAGAAGAGUUUAAGAUUAGUCCAGUUAAUGAGCACCAGACUUUGCAAAAACCAAUUUGUAAAAAAACAGAAUGUUGCAAACCUAAUUAAUCAUAUUUCUAUGAUUUUGUAUCAAGUCCUUCAAACAUAUAUUUAGCCAUUUAUUUAAAAUAUUGAUGCAGGUUUGUGUAGAAAAAGUGAGCAUUCUUCCAAAUGAAUCUCUUUUUUUUAUUUUUCAUCUCCACACUCCAGUAUCAAAUUUGAAGUUUACUGACUUUGUCUCGUGCGUGUUGCAGCUCAUCAGCAGAUGCUCAUUUACUCAUUCACAGAUGAAAUACUUGACAUUCACACACGUGUCUGCUCUGUUUUUCAUCAAGUAUAAAUACCAUGUCAUGACGAAAGUGAACUAAUGGAUCCGCUUCAUCACACACCAUCAAUGUAGAAAUGUUGUUUUAACAAUUCUGGAUGUUUCCUCUGUAAAGUGUGCACCAAAAUAUUCAGUGGGAGUGUGUCAGUCAGCAUGUGUAAGGUGUGAUGGGUUUCCAUUAAACUGUAACAAACUGUAACAAAGUCCCAGCAGCAGCAGUUGUGGUCAGGAGGUGGCCAGUCAGUGGUUUAAUGGGAGGAUAUAUAUUUUUGAAGGUGUUAAUAGUGUAAUAUUGACCUUUUGGUGAUAAUGAUGUUGCCACUGUUAACAGAGUUGUAAUAAAUUUCAAAUAAGUUAUUACUUUA